UUUACAAGACAGUAAGAAGCUAAACGUUGAUAGGGUGAAGCCAAGCUUUUUCUUGAUCGUGAAGUCAAGUUGGAAAUCAGGUAACAAGAACGUAGCUCCACCUAGUGUGCAGACGCUGCAUGGACAUUUACACGCAUACACACUUAUAUGCAUAUACAUAUAUAAGCCAGUUGAACAUUGAAAAGGAAACCCACUUCUUCAACACAUCGAUUAACGACGUAUCCCAAGCGAUUGUAGCAAGAGAUUAUACGGGUAGUGGAGACCGUCAUCAAAACCACAACGUCUUGGCCGCAAGUGUAUGAGCUGGAAGCGGACUUGGUGAGUGAAAUUCUCGAGAUUUUGCCUCAGCAGGUUGUUUAAAACUCUCCUAGCUGAAUUCUGAGCAUCUGGAUGUGACUCCACUGUAGAUUUUACCGUGAUCGGCCAUGACAUUACGGCCUUACGGUCACGUGCUUCUGAUCAUAUGGUGGACAGCGGCGAUCGUGGCUGAAAAGGAAAGGCCCAAGGGAGGUGAUAUGUCUCUUUGGAUAGACGAGAAGCAAGUGAAGGAGUUCAGCGGAUUUCCCAUGGAAAUAUUUGCUAUAGCAGAUGGAACCGUUCUACCAUACAUACUGGAUCCGAACUUCGAGAAAUAUCUCCCGGUUAUCCCAUCAGAAGUAAGCUCAGUCAACUUUACAUGGAAAUCCGGGGAUAAUAAGCAAUACAAUUACAAUUUCGAAAAUCUCCAGUCUUUCAACGAGGAUAUUUUAAGCAAUCCAGUUAUAUCCAUUGAAACCAAGGGAAGGGUACCAAAGAAACCUGGAGUCUUCCAGGUAUUUUUACCUUGUCUUGGGAAUAGGAGUGGAGUCGCUGGUUUUAGUAUCGGCCUCAGAAUAGUAAAUGAAAAUGGAAAAUAUCUGGAGGGUACACCGCUGCUCCUACGCCUACAGAAACAGUGUGCAGAGCAUGUUACUCAAGGUCCUGAUCCAGAAUGUGAUAAGAAGUGUGCCAAUAGAGGAUGGUGUAAUCAGCAGAAAAUCUGCGAGUGCCAAAAAGGGUACAUGGGUAACUACUGUCGUACAGCUUUGUGCUACCCCCAGUGUAUGAAUGGUGGAACAUGUAUUUCUCCCGGAGUAUGUAAGUGUGCUGAUGGUUAUCAAGGACCUCACUGUGAGGGAGGUAUAUGUCGUGAAAAGUGCCUUAACGGAGGCAAAUGUAUCCAGAAAGACAAGUGCAAAUGUAGAAAAGGUUACUAUGGACCCCGCUGUGAAUAUAGUAAAUGUACAAUACCUUGUUUGAAUGGGGGAAGGUGCAUUGGAGUCAACCAGUGCCGAUGUAAAAGGGGAUACUCAGGUGGUCAGUGUGAUCAGCAAAAUAAAAGACAAAAGGAAAGAAGAAGAAGACCAAAGGGAUGCAGAAAGAGUUGCAAACAUGGAUUAUGUGUUGGAAACCAGUGUCGAUGUGACCGUGGAUGGUUUGGAAGGAGGUGUAACCGAAGGCCAUGUACCCCUCGUCGCUGCAAACAUGGGGUUUGUGUGGGAAAUGCCUGCCGAUGUGAGAAGGGGUGGUAUGGCAGAAAGUGUAACAAAAGGCCUUGUACCCCUCAGCGAUGCAAACAUGGGAUUUGUUUAGGAAAUCGUUGCCAAUGUGAAAAAGGGUGGUAUGGCAGGAAAUGUAACAGAAGUCAUCCACGUAGAAGACGAACCAAAAAAAGAUACGUUUGAGAGUUGAUCCAGUGCUCUUAACCAAGACAUUUUUCUCCGCCAAAGCAGAAUCUUAUAGGCAGUGCUUUAGCUAAAGGGCCUCGCAAAAAUAAUAAUAAAAAAAAACUGAAGAGGACCCUAUCUUCCUCUGCAACACUCCAUCUUGCUGUGUUCCUCUCAAAUGAUUGGAAUUACAGGAACUGACAAUGUGGAGAUGAUAGUCUAUAGUGUUCUUUAUGAGACGCUGUUGACACGUGAAGUGUCGUCAUGUAUCAACGGACCAUUAGAAGCAGCUUAUGGACAAAUUAACCGACCACUUUACACGUUUAUCCAUUAUGAAGCGUAUUUGUGUUAUUUAAGGGAGCUCUUGUAGAUAUUUGGUUAGGAAGUAGAGUAGUUUUUGCUCGUUGUAUGCUUAUUGAUUCGUAAAUAUUAUUUCAUGUCUAAUGUAAUGAAUGUUCUGUUACUUUUCAUUUUAUUUUUGAGAUUAUUUUCUGCUAUUUUAUGAUAUAUUACUUCACUAUGAAUGAUAGAUUUGAAAUUAAAUACUGCAGAUCUUCCUUGUGUAGGUUGUCCAUAUAUACACACAGACACACACAGAACUUACCUUUUUUUUUCAUGUAAAAUGUAUCGAAG